GUGAAUAAACUCAAUAUUUGGUAUUAUGUCCCCCCAUAACGUCAUGGUACAAGGUUUCCGAUGAUGCCCCAUCCUCCCAGGCAGGCGAUACGGUGUAUAAAUCUCAUAGAAACCUUGCGGCCACAGUCACAAAUUUGGAUAUUAUACUCGUGAUCUCACUACGAUAUUUUCCAUACCAUUCGGAUGGCUGUCUGACACCGAGCCAUUUUUGUUUGUGUUCCAGUAAGAUAUUUAUAGUGCAUUGAGUGCAAUUUUAUGUUCCGGUGAUUUACAUAAGGGUGACUACCCGACUGAUCGAAAAUGCGGUGGAAUCAGGAUUACACUAAAACCAAAGUCUUCAUCAUACUGCCGAUUAUAUUCGACAUCUGUUACACUGCCUCACUGAAGGAUGUAUUUAACUUAGAUACGAACAAACUAAACAGAGUCCCAAGAGAGGAUAAAUUAUACUUAGAUAGAUAUGGGGGAAAUAUACCCAGCGAAUCUGUGUUAAACACAAGGACCAUCAAGCCCGAAGACGCCUCAGAUACCCGAGACCCCUCCAGCACGAAUUUGGGGAAGAGAUGUAUUAGGUGCGAAGGAGGAAGAUAUCCUUAUGAUCCUUACGAUAGGAGGGGUUCUUAUGAUGACAGAGGAUAUAGGGAUAGAUACGAUGAUAGAUAUGACGAUUCCAGAAUUAACCCUUAUUAUAGAGAUCGCUACUACGAUAAAAGAUAUGACCCGUAUGACCGCUAUUAUGACAGAUCCGAUAGAUACGAUCAAGGAAGGGAUUACUAUGAUAGAGACAGAGGCUAUGGAGAAAGAGACCGUUACGGAGGAAGAGAUCGUUAUGGGGACAGAGAUCGUUAUGGAGACAGAGACAGGACAUAUGAUAGAGGAAUAGGAUAUGAUAAUAGAGGAUAUGACUAUAGGGACAACAGAGACGGAUACAGAGACAGAGACAGGGACUAUUACAGGCCGUCGUAUUAUGAUGACAGGGAUGAUUUCUCCAGCAGAGGCUACGAAAGAAGGCCUUAUUAUUAUGGCAGUGGUGGAGGUUACUGGGGCGGCGGAUACGCGAGUAAUUGGAACUACGGAGGAGGCAGAGAUGAUUACAGGGAUAGAUACGGAGAUGAUCGUUACAGAUACAGAGACCCCUAUGAUGGUUACAGAGCAACCAGUUACUUAUACGGCAGACCAUCCACAGCUCCAAUUGCUAACACAACAAUGAAACCCCCCAGUUCAGACAACACAGAAUCACCUGGUAGUAGCAGUUCAGGUUGAAAUUAGGAAGCUUUAAACUCAUGAAAAUAACUCGUUUUUGAUUUACAAUGUAUCUCACAAGCACUGCCAUUUUGAUUCUUCAUAAAUAAAGACGAAUGUAAUACCUAUCUAUAUGGUUAACCAAUAUGUAUCGAAUUGAAAUUCAUGUUUUAAUACAUUUCUCUUAUGUUAUUUAAAUUAAGUAUGUAUAAUUUCGAAUGAGUUAUUUCCAUAUUCCUUGGAAGAAAUGUAGAAUAUUUGAUAUAUUUUGAUUUAUCUGUUGAAUUUAUGAUAUAGAAUCGAGUAAGUUUGUACUUUCAAGAUUAAAAGUAAAACAAAAAUGA